AUGGACCCUCGCAUCACAAUGCAAGAGUUGGCGUUCCUGCAAAGCUCUCUUCUAGCAAUUCUAAAGCAAAUAGGCAACAUUUGUCGAUGUAAUGACUCUAAAUCCCUUUCUGGAAGGAGUUUGAAAACAUAUCCAGAGCGUGAGAGCGGCUAUGACUAUCGGGGCUGGAUAGGGACUCCUAGAGAUUAUUUGACAUGCUUUUGGAAAGCGAUAAACAAUGCAGGCAUUGCUCAGGGGCAGUUUGAUACAAGGUUAGGGAUACUUUUCAACCUCAUUGACUUUGAGUGCUUUGCACUCGCACGGGGUCAAUUCCGAGUUCGGAUUAGCCCGGAAUCGGCUCUGAAAGUUGCUGGUUUGUUGGGCAUCGGGUUCGUGGGCCCGGCAUAUACACUAUGUUACAUUUCGGGAAUUUUGAGUUCGUUUUACAUCGAGCUUAGCCCAUUACAAAGCAUAAACAUAAAAACACGGCGCCAAGAGGAGUUGGCGGCGCAGCCAGUUGUAUUUGGCGACGACGCCAACAUCGAUGGCGACGGCGGUGCGAUGGCAGCAGAUCCGAGGAUUCGUCUUCUGGUCCGUUCUCAGUUUUUUCAGCUCCGUUUUUCAUGCAAAAAUAUCCUUCCAUACAGAAAACAGAAAAAACAGUUUAUAAAUAUGAGUAUUUAUGUCACACUUUGUGUUGCAAUUUUAGCAAUAAUAUAUGCGUCAAAAACUAUCAUUAAUAUUCCAAAUCCUUGUUCAGUCAUAUUCUCAUACAGUAAUAUUGAGCAUUACCAGCACCACCAUAAUAAUCAUGCUAACAGCAAACGCAAAAUAGUGAAUAUAUGUGAUGAUUUUCCUGCUGAUAUUCCUCCUCCAGAUACAAACGUAACCUCGACUCUUUGCGUCGAUCCGAAUGGAUGCUGUAACUUCACAACAAUACAAUCUGCUGUUGAUGCUGUAGCAAAUUUUAGCCAGAAAAGAAGUAUAUUAUGGAUAAACUCUGGCAUCUAUUACGAGAAGGUAAUUAUUCCAAAAAGCAAACAAAAUAUAACAUUUCAAGGACAAGGAUACUUAUCAACUGCUAUAGUAUGGAAUGACACUGCAAAUUCUUCACAUGGAACAUUUUAUAGUGGUUCUGUACAAGUCUUCGCCAACAACUUUAUUGCCAAGAACAUUAGCUUUAUGAAUGUUGCACCAAUUCCAGGGCCUGGGGAUGUGGGAGCCCAAGCAGUGGCAAUGAGAAUAGCAGGAGAUGAAGCAGCCUUUUGGGGUUGUGGAUUCUUUGGUGCACAAGACACCCUUCAUGACGAUAGAGGCCGCCAUUACUUUAAGGAUUGUUAUAUUCAAGGCUCCAUUGAUUUCAUCUUUGGUAAUGCAAGGUCUCUUUACGAGAGCUGCGAGUUAAUAUCAAUGGCGAAUCCGGUAGCAGCAGGACAAAGGGUAAUAAACGGAGCGGUUACCGCUCAUGGUAGAGCUUCAAAAGAUGAGAACACGGGCUUCGCAUUCGUCAACUGCAGCCUAGGAGGAACAGGAAGAAUAUGGCUAGGCCGAGCUUGGAGACCUUUUUCUCGUGUUAUAUUUGCCUCUACUUCUAUGACUGAUAUCAUUGCACCUGAAGGCUGGAAUGACUUCAAUGAUCCCACCAGAGACCAGACUAUUUUCUAUGGGGAGUAUAAUUGCUCAGGAGCUGGAGCUAAUAUGACAAUGAGAGCACCUUAUGUUCAAAGACUGAAUGAUACUCAAGCAUCCACCUUUCUUAAUAUAUCUUUCAUUGAUGGUGAUCAAUGGUUGCAAUCUUAUAUUCUCUAACUUGGGUUGUAAAAUAUAUAACAUAACAUGCACUUAUAAAUUUUUCGUUUCUUCCA